UUCACUGUGUGUGUAUGUGUGUUUGGCUGAGCUGCCUUGUAUUGUUGAUCCCGAUUGACUUCGAGAGACCCUGACAUUGGAAAUUAGAAGGAUAUACCUCCGGACAGACCAUAAGUUAGGUGACACACUGUUGUGACUAGGCUACCUGUGUUGUCUGAGCUCUAAGAUUGGAUCAAGACCAUGACCCAGCCUCGGCCGGACGAGUUCAAGCCGCCUCAGGAGUGCCCAGUCUUCGAACCAAGCUGGGAGGAAUUUGCCGAUCCUUUUGCUUAUAUAAAUAAGAUUCGUCCAAUUGCGGAAAAAACGGGUAUUUGUAAGGUCCGCCCGCCUCCGGACUGGCAGCCUCCAUUUGCAUGUGAUGUUGACAGACUGCACUUCACUCCUCGGAUACAGAGGCUAAAUGAACUGGAGGCACAGACCAGAGUUAAGCUUAACUUCUUGGACCAGAUUGCAAAGUUCUGGGAGUUGCAGGGGUGUUCUCUGAAGAUUCCUCAUGUGGAAAGGAAGAUAUUGGACCUGUAUCAACUCAACAAGAAUGUUGCAGAUGAGGGCGGAUUUGAUAUUGUGUGUCGCGAUAGACGAUGGACGGCGAUUGCGCUUAAGAUGGGCUUUGCUCCUGGCAAGGCUGUUGGCUCUCACUUACGGUCACACUAUGAGAGACUUCUCUACCCAUACAACCUCUUCCAGAGCGGAGCCAACCUCCUGGCACCAGAGCUUGCGUCCAAGCUGAUGCGCUUAGUGUCUGCUCCUGAACUUGACACGUUUGUCCGGGAGCCAACCCUGCCAGUUGACACGAGUGACAAGGAGUGUAAACCCCCUGUGCUGACCGAGAGGCAGCACUUUGUUGAGCCAACCGAGUCCUGCUGCAACAGCGCCCACAGAGCAAAGCGGAUGAGAGCUGAGGUGGAUGCCCUUGUCGCACAGAGCCACACACACUUGUCAGAAGAACUCCUCUUAAAACCAUCGGGUUGUGUGAAGACAGAACCAGGAACGGAACCUUGUGAAAACAACAGACCAAAUCUGAGGAGGAGGAUGGGCUCUUUUGUUGCCAAGCCCGAGCCAGACAUUCCCAUUCUAGUGAAACAAGAACCCAUCGAGCCGGUGAGCGAGGCAGACAAAAACAAGUCUCGAUAUAAGAAAAAAACAAGUAUUGAUGCCCCACCUCCUGCAGUGAGUGUAGUGGACCUGUAUAUGUGUCUGGUGUGUGGCAGCGGGAGUGACGAGGAUCGUCUUCUGUUGUGUGAUGGCUGUGACGCCAGUUACCACACCUUCUGUCUCAUACCCCCUCUGCACGACAUCCCCAAAGGAGACUGGAGGUGCCCCAAGUGCCUGGCUCAAGAGUGCAGCAAACCUCAGGAGGCAUUUGGCUUUGAGCAGGCAUACAGGGACUACUCUUUGCGGGCUUUUGGUGAAAUGGCAGACUCCUUCAAAUCUGAUUACUUCAACAUGCCAGUUCAUAUGGUUCCCACAGAGUUGGUGGAAAAAGAGUUCUGGCGCUUGGUGAGCACCAUCGAAGAGGACGUCACAGUGGAGUACGGAGCAGAUAUAGCCUCCAAGGAGUUUGGGAGCGGAUUCCCCAUCAAGAAUGGAAGAUUUAAGGUUUCAGAAAAGGAUGAGAAGUACCUGAAGUGUGGCUGGAACCUGAACAACAUGGCGAUGAUGGACCCGUCAGUGUUGACUCAUGUCACAGCAGACAUCUGUGGGAUGACUCUACCUUGGCUCUAUGUAGGCAUGUGCUUCUCCUCCUUCUGCUGGCACAUCGAGGACCACUGGAGCUACUCCAUCAACUACCUGCACUGGGGGGAGCCAAAGACAUGGUAUGGAGCACCUGGCUUUGCUGCGGAACAGCUGGAGGCUGUGAUGAAGAAACUAGCUCCAGAGCUGUUUCAGAUUCAGCCAGAUCUCCUCCACCAGCUGGUCACCAUCAUGAACCCUAACACCCUCAUGUCCUACGGGGUUCCGAUUUACAGAACCAAUCAGUGUGCUGGUGAGUUUGUCAUCACGUUCCCCAGAGCCUAUCACAGUGGUUUUAACCAAGGUUUUAACUUCGCUGAGGCUGUCAACUUCUGUACUGUGGACUGGAUGGCAUUAGGCCGCCAAUGCGUUGACCACUACAGACUACUGCAUCGGUACUGUGUUUUCUCCCACGACGAGAUGAUCUGCCAGAUGGCCUCCAAGGCCAACAGUCUGGACGUGGUCCUGGCGUCGGCUGUCCAGAAGGAUAUGAAGGAUAUGGUCAGAGAGGAACAGGACCUACGAGAUAAAGUCCGCAAGAUGGGGGUGUUGCGUUGUGAGCAGGCGGAGUACGAUCUCCUGCAGGAUGAUGAGCGGCAGUGUGCCAAAUGUAGGACCACCUGUUUCCUGUCUGCCAUCACCUGCCCCUGCAGCCCCGGCCAGCUGGUCUGUCUCCACCACAUCCAGGACCUCUGCUCCUGUCCCCUCACCAACUACACACUGAAUUAUAGAUUUACACUGGAUGAUCUGUACCCCAUGAUGAACGUGGUGAAGCAGCGAGCUGAGACCUACGACGAGUGGGCAUCCCGCGUGACGGAGACUCUGGAGGCUAAGUUGGACAAGAAAAAAAGCUUGUCAGUCUUCCGCUCCCUCAUUAACGAAUCAGAGUCCAAGAUGUUCCCUGACAAUGACCUCUUGCGUCAGCUCCGUUUAGUCACACAGGAUGCAGAGAAGUGCUUCUCAGUGGCCCAGCAGCUACUCAACGGCAAAAGGCAGACUAGGUAUCGGUGUGGUGGGGGGAAGACCCAGAGCCAGCUGACCGUGCAGGAGCUGAGGUCAUUUGUCAGGCAGCUUUACAACAUCCCUUGCAGCCUUCCUCAAGCCCCCAAAUUAAAGGAUCUCUUGAAUUGCAUCGAAGACUUCCAGCAGCACAGUGAGAAAGUUCUGAUGGAUGAAGCCACCAGCACAGCCGUGAUCCAGAGUCUUCUAGACGUUAGCUUUGACUUUGAUGUGGAGCUGCCUGAACUUCCAAUACUACGGGAGAGGCUGGCACAAGCCCGUUGGCUGGAGGGUGUGCAGCAGACCAGCGCCCAGCCCUCCACCCUCACCCUGGAGACCAUGCGGAGGCUGAUAGACCAGGGCGUGGGCCUGACCCCUCACCCCUCCGUGGAGAAGGGCAUGGCUCAUCUGCAGGAGCUGCUCACGGUGUCUGAACAUUGGGAGGAAAAGACCAGCAUCCUCCUCAAGGCCAGGCCCCCCCCAUCUAUAGAAGUCCUCUCUGAAGCAGCUGAGAAGGUGGUGGGUAUACCUGCUUACCUCCCCAAUUGUCUGAUGCUGAAGGACUCCAUCAGUAGGGCCAGGCAGUGGCUUCAGGAAGCAGAGGCAUUUCAGGAUGGAGAGUCCAUUCCAUUGUUUGACAAGCUCUCUGAUAUGGUUCUACGAGGACAAGCCAUCCCAGUCCAGCUGGACCCUCUAAAGCAUCUGGAGUUUCUGGUAACAGAGCUGCAGGCCUGGAAAGAGUCUGCAGCUAAAACCUUCCUCAUGAAAAACUCUCACUUCACUCUGCUUGAGGUUCUGUGUCCAAGAUUUGAGGUUGGAGCAGGGUCUCCGAAAAGGAAGUCGAAAAAAGCUAAGGACUGCAGUAAGAAGAAGGUGGUGAAGCUAGACUGUCUCAGUGAUGUGGAAAAAGCCCUCUUAGAGACCAAGGACACUACCUCAGCUCUGGCAACUCUCGGGGAAGUGCGGUUACGGGAGAUGUGGGCCAUCUCCUCCCUCCGGGCAGCUAACGAGUCCAAGCUCCUCCCCACGGCAGACUGCAUGGACCUGAAGGUGUGUGUGUGUCAGAAUCCCCCCAUGGGAGCCAUGUUACAGUGUGAGCUCUGCCGGGACGCCUUCCACAGCGUGUGUGUUAGGGCUCCCUCAGACUCCCGUUCAACCCAGGCCUGGCUGUGUCCAGACUGCCGACGCUCGGAGAAGCCCUCCCUGGACAAGGUCCUGUCCUUGCUGGCGUCGCUGCAGCGUAUCCAGGUGCGUCUACCGGAAGGCGAUGCACUUCACUAUUUGGUUGAGAGAACAGUCAGCUGGCAACAGCGAGCGCGACAGGUCUCUGCCUCCUGCGGCCUUCCAGACCUGGAGGAGAGCUUUAGAACUUCACCAUCUGCGGUUGGAAAGCCACCAUGUUUGACUCCAGAGUGGAACAGGACAAGUCAUGAUCAGAUGGUCUUCUACACCGAGCAACGAUGCAUUCCUCUGCAGGGUCUGAGUGUGGAGCUGGAGGAGCUGAUGGUGGAAGGGCUCCUGCUACAGGUGUCUCUGCCAGAGAUCACACAGCUCUACCACGUGUUACUGAAUGGGCUGGGAACGCAUCACACCCACGGACGCACGUCACAGCAAGAGGACGACCCCUCGGACUGUGACAAACGCAAGCAGUGCAACUCUCAGGGAAGAAGCUCUCCACAAAAAGAGGAUGGCCUGAAAAAGGAAGUAGUUAACGGAGCAGAGAAGAAGGCCAAGCGACGCCUGGAGAGGGAGGCUCUGGAGACAGAGCGCAGGGACAAGGCCAAGAAGCUCCAAAACAAGAGACAGAAAAUGAACAAGGAGAAGAACCUGGAACGCAGGGCAGCCUCGACCUCCUCAUCUCCUCGUUCCGACUUCUCCCAGUCAGAAGACUCUGAAGAGGAGAUGGCCAUGUGUCCAGCAGAGGGAUGCCAGCAGCCAGAAGGAGAUGAGGUGGACUGGGUCCAGUGUGACGGCAGCUGUAACCAGUGGUUCCACCAGGUCUGUGUGGGUGUGACAGCCGAGUUGGCUGAGAAAGAGGACUAUGUGUGUGUCAGCUGUACAAUAAGCGAUGGCCGCUGAGGAUUUGAGGAGAGAAUGGAUGGAGUUUUGGAAGGAAAGUCUGACGGUGUUCGGCCUACUCCGUUAGCAACCUGGCCACACAAGUCAGGAUGUCACAGACCUAGCCCUCCCUUGUCCUCAUCCCCUUUGUGACAACGGUGCUAUCUCCUCCUCUUUAUUGGGUUGUUGUCCAGAACUAUACUGUUUGUUACUUUUUUUUGUAUUUUUUACAUAUUUUUCUUUCCUCCUUUGAACUGUUUGUGGUUGUGACAUGAUGUGGAGUCAGUGUGCUGCAUGGGUUUCCAUAUAAUGGGUGGUGCAAAGGAGUCAAACAAUAAGGCACUCUAAAGAUCCAAGGGUAUCUUGAACUUCCUUGCAUGCAAAACCAGAGACAGAUGGUUAAGGUCCCCUCCUUCCCCGUAAUAAAUCAUGUGAUGGAGAGAACUGUAUUUUCUGGGAAACCCAAUACUUAGUACUUCCAUCAUACUGACUUAUAUCAGUAGACUAAGUUUAUUUUAUCUGAGCAAUAAUGUUUGUCUCAAUUGAAUUCAAUGGAUUGGUCUCCUCUGAACUACGUGUUGAUGCUUCAGCAAUGGUUUGAUGUACAGAACAGAAAGCGUAUCGACUGGGGUAAGUUACAGUUGUAGACUAGCAAUGUAGCAGACAGAAGGACCUGGAUCAACUGCCACACACUAUACAGUGCCUUUGGAAAGUAUUCAAACCCCUUGACUUUAUCCACAUUUUGUUACAUUAUAGCCUUAUUCUAAAAUGGGUUAAAUAAAUACAAAUCCUCAAAUCUACACACAAUAUCACAUAAUGGCAAAGCAAAAACCUGUUUUGGGAAAUUUUAGCAAAUGUAUUAAAAAAAUACAUAAGACUUCAGACCCUUUGCUAUGAGACUUGAAAUUGAGCUCAGGUGCAUCCUGUUUCCAUUGAUCAUCCUUGAUGUUUCUACAACUUGAUUGCAGUCUACCUGUGGUAAAUUCAAUUGAUUGGACAUGAUUUGGAAAGGCACACACCUGUCUGUAUAAGCUUCCGCAGUUGUCAGAGCAAAAACCAAGUCAUGAGGUCGAAGGAAUUGUCCGUAGAGCUCAGACAGGAUUGUGGCGGCGCAGGUAUGGGGAAGGGUACCAAAGAAUGUAUGCAGCAUUUGAAGGUCCCCAAGAACACAGUGGGCUCCAUCAUUCCUAAAUGGAAGAAGUUUGGACCCACCAAGACUCUACCUAGAGCUGGCUGCACGGCCAAACUAAGCAAACGAGGGAGAAGGGUCUUGGUUAGGGAGGUGACCACUAACCCGAUUGUCACUCUGUCAGAACUCCAGAGUUCCUCGUGGAGAUGGGAGAACCUUCCAGAAUGACAACCAUCUUUAAAGCACUCCACCAAAUCAGGCCUUUUAUGGUAGAGUGACCAGAUGGAAGCCACUCCUCAGUAAAAGGCACAUGACAGCCCACUUGGGAGUUUGUUAAAAGGCAGAUUCUGACCAUGAGAAACAAGAUUCUCUGGUCUAAUGAAACUCUUUGGCCUGAAUGCCAAGCGUCACAUCUGGAGGAAACCUGGCACUAUCCCUGCGGUGAAGCAUGGUGGUGGCAGCAUCAUGCUGUGGGGAUGGUUUUCAGCGGCUGGGACUGGAGGGAAAGAUGAAUGGAGCAAAGUACGGAGAUCCUUGAUGAAAACCUGCUCUGGGGCGAAGGUUCAAUGCAGGACUGGCUUCGGAACAAGUCUCAAUGUCCUUGAGUGGCCCGUACUUGAACCCGAUCGAACAUCUCUGGAGAGACCUGAAAAUAGCUGUGCAGAAAUGCUCUCCAUCCAACCUGACAGAGCUUGAGAGGAUCUGCAGAGAAGAAUGGGAGAAACUCUCCAAAUACAGUUGUGCCAAGCUUCUAGUGUCAUACCCAAGGCGGCUCGAGGCUGUAAUUGCUGCCAAAGGUGCUUCAACAAAGUACUGAGUAAAGGGUUUGAAUACUUAUAUAAAUGUGAUAUUUAUGUGUAGAAUUUUUAUUAAUAUAUAUGUAUGUAUAUGUGUGUAUUAAUAAGGUUGUAACCUAACAAAACAUGGAAAAAGUCUAGCGGUCUGAAUACUUUCCGAAGGCUCUUUUACAUACCGAAGUAUGUGGACACCUUCAAAUUAGUGGAUUCGGGUAUUUCAGCCACACCCGUUCCUGACAGCUGUAUAAAAUCGAGCACACAGCCAUGAAAUUUCCGUAGACAAACUUUGGCAGUCGAAUGGCCUUAGUGAAGAGCUCAAUGACUUUCAACAUGCCAGUACGUAAAAUUUCUACCUAGAGAUGCCCCGGUCAACUAUAAGUGCUGUUCUUGUGAAGUGGAAACAUCUAGGAGCAACAACGGCUCAGCCGUGAAGUGGUAGACCACACAAGCUCACAGAAAGGUACCGUUGAAGCACAUAGUGUGUCAGAAUUGUCGGUACUCGGCUGCAACAUUCGCGACAGGGUUCAAAACUGCUUCUGGAAGCAACGUCAGCACAAUAACUGCUGUUUGGGAGCUUCAUGAAAUGGGUCUCCAUGGCUGAGCGGCCGCACACAAACCUAAGAUCACCAUGCGCUAUGCUAAGCGUCAACUGGAGUGGUGUGAAGCUCCCCGCCAUUGGACUUUGGAGCAGUGGAAACACAUUGCUCUGGAGUGAUGAAUCACGCUUCACCACCUGGCAGUCUGACUGACAAAUAUGGGUUUGGCUGAUGCCAGGAGAAUGCUACCGAUCCCAAAUACAUAGUGCCACCUGUUUAUUUUGGUGGAGGAAUAGUCGUCUAGGGUUGUUUUUCAUGGUUCGGGCUCGGCCCCUUAGUUCUAGUGAAGGGAAAUCUUAACACUGCAGCAUACAAUGACAUUCUGGGCAAUUCUGUGCAUUCAACUUUGUGGCAACAGUUUGGGGAAGGUCCUUUCCUUUUUCAGCAUGACAAUGCCCCCGUGCAGAAAGCGAGGUCCAUACUGAAAUUGCUUGUCGAAAUUGUGUGGAAGAACUUGACUGGCCUGCACAGAGCCCUGACCUCAACCCCAUCGAACACCUUUUGGAUGAAUUGACUAUAAGCCAGGCUUAAUCGGCCAACAUCAGUGCCGACCUCACUAAUGCUCUUGUGGCUGAAUGGAAGCAAGUCCCCACAGCAAUGUUCCAACAUCUAGUGGAAAGCCUUCCUAGAAGAGUGGGGGCUGUUAUAGCAGCAAGGGGGGGACCAACUCCAUAUCAAUGCCCAUGAUUUUGGAAUGAGAUGUUUGACGAGCAGUUGUCCACAUACUUUUGGUCAUGUAGUGUAUGUGCUUGGGUGGGUCACUUUGGGAAGGAAUGGAGAGAGGUAGUUUGAGACAUUGCAGUUUAUAUUGUGGAAUAAAAACAUUUUCUC